CCUCAUCCGUGGCUCCCGUUGCUUCCAAGUUGGCGAACUUCCUAUCACUCAUCCAUCCUUAUAACGCCCCAAGAACCGCCCCAGGUUUCUUCUCCACAUUUUCCUGGCUCCCAAACAGCAAAGCAAUACCCACCAAAUAACUCAACAUAAUGUUGGACAUUUGGUCCUGGAUAUGUGAGCUUUCCAACUUAGACGAGGGGGACUCACGCAACGUCCUUGAACUCGCGAGAUCCGGACCGGGUCAGGAGACUCAAAUUAUCCAACUCAUAGCCGAGCGCGCCUCCGGGUCCAACACGGACACGCCGGUGACCUUCACCAUAUGCUCACAUGGUUUUGAUUCUGCUAACGUUCAAAUGACCAUCUGGGUCUCCGACACUUGCCCCUUAUUCUCCCCCCAACCGUUCCUCCCCCUCUUACUCCAGCUGCUCCAGGAAAUCAUAUCCCACUCGCCAACGGCUCACGAUAGCACAUGCCCCAGGUCACAACUCCAAAAGCUGAAACCGGACCCGAUUUCGUGGAUCAUGGAAUCUCACUCUCUGGAGUCGUUCUCUAGCUUUUUCAACCAAGUCUUCCUCAUGCGGCUGUUCUGGCUCUGCGUAUGCGACUCCCCUAGCGAGGUUGGCUCGCUUUACUUCCAUUCCUUGUUGGCUCCAAACAUCGAAGCCUUGUCUUGUAAGCACAUGCCAGUUCUGCGAACAUUUUUUAUCGCAGUCGGUGUGGAUGUCGAGCAGUGCUUCAUGCGCACCCUAGGCUACAUGAUAACAAAAUGGUUGAUCUUGAAAGAGUUGGGCGUAGGAUUGCAAACGUUAACACCAGAUCAGAACCUUGGAUUUUCUUAUGCUACGGAGGCCCAUGGGUUUUGGGUACUGAAGGGUUACGCACCGGUGCUGGGAAUGAAACUCGCGCGUUAUAAAGGUCAUAAAUAUCGGUUUCCUGUUAUAGAAGCGAAAGAAUCAGUGAUAAGAUACGCUCUUGCGCACCAGCAAUUGGAGGCCGUUAUUCAGUUUGAAUAUUCGGUUACAUUCCACGAUGGGUUUCUUCAGGUGAACGCGCGUGUCGAUAACAUACGACUCCACGUGGCAAAGCUGGGAUUUAAUGAAAACGAAGACGUGCAUUAUGCAGUAGAGAGGCAUUUCCCGUCGAGGAUUCGGUUUUGGGUCGGUCCGGAAGUCGGGGCAACGUACGUGGCCGGAGUGAGCUUGGGUCGGUCCACGAACAACGGAGAGAAAGAAGUGGAAACACAGAAAAUAGUGAAGGGUAGUUUUGAAAAAUCAAAGGUUCAGAGGGUGAAAGCCGUGGCAAGAACAUCGACGAGGACGCGGACGAAGAAUUGGAGGUGGGACCAAGACACUGAGGGAAACGCAGCAAUCUUCGAUGCGGUUUUAUACGACGACAUGACGGGUCUUGAAGCAGCCACGUGGAAGCCACAUAGUGGUGUUACUAGUAAAUCGGGGCAUGGUCUUCAAAAUCGAUAUACCGGAGAGAAUAGGCCGUUUACGAAAACCGGGGGAUUGGUAUUCGCGGGGGAUGUGUAUGGAGAGGGAGUAAGUUGGAGGCUGAGCAAAGAGAUGGAAGGGAGUGUGUUGAAGUGGAGGAUAGGAGGGCAAGUUUGGCUAAGUUACUUGCCUAAUGAGGUAAAGAGUUCAUAUUUUGAGACGAGGUGCGUGGAGUGGUGUGAUGAGGUUGAUUUGCCUUUGAUUCGCGAUAAAUUGAGCUUGUAAGAAAGCCUUAUAAUUAUGUAAAAUUAAUUGAUGCAAUAGAGGUUUACAUGUUUUAGUA